UUCUCUACCUUUGCACUUUUUCAUUUGUUUGUUUUCUCACUUUUCUUUCUUCUAUUAUUUGUUUCAAUUAUGUCUCCUCGUUUUGUCCAAUUCUACUCAAGAGAAAUGUACCAUAACCACCAUUCCUAUCCUUGUUUGCAUUGCCACCCCCACAGCUACAUAAGAAUGGUUCAACAUCUUAUAGAAAGAUGCUUGCUCCUUCACAUGAAUAGAGACCAAUGUAUAAAGGCACUUGCAGAGCAUGCUAGCAUUCGCCCACUCAUCACACUUACAGUGUGGAGAGAGCUACAGAAAGAGAAUAAAGACUUCUUUCAAUCAUAUUUUCACUCUCUUUCUCCAAGACCCUUAAUGAGUAGAUAUAUUCAAAGGGCACCAAAAUUAGCAAGAAGGAAACCGUGGAAACUUUACUGAAGAUCAUAUGAAGAGAUCACAAACUCAAAAUUAGCAAUGUAUUAGAGUUUCAAGAUAAUGAAUGCUAGGUUAAAGAUAAUAAUUAAUGUUUUUAAAUAAUUUUGGAAGCUCUCGAUAGGGUAUUGUAUAGGGGAAGCUAUAUGUACACUAGGUUUCAUGGUGUCACGUACUUGUUUAAUUAAUUAAAAAAUUUCAAUCUACCAUCA